AUAGUUCUAUGUUUGUGAAGUUGUGUUCAAGUUUGUGACUUUCUCACAUGAUCAUGGCUGCCAGUUCCAUGGCCAAUCUGCAAGGUUGGUUGAUCUCUUGGUCUUUGAGCAGUCAGAGAAGUUUGAUAGAUGUCGUUAAUCUUGCAUUCUUUGUUUUCUACUUGUUGGGAUUGUUAUCUGAUAUUCUGAGAAAAGAAAACGUUGUCAGGAACAAGAUUAAGAGCUGGGAAUUUCUUGUUGUUUCAUUCUGUUGUGCAGUUACUAGCAUUGCAUAUUUUACUUGUGGUUUUCUGCGCAGUUCAGUGAUUUAUUUUGUUAGAGGAUUUAUUUGGAUUGGUCUUGCAGUGUCUUUAAACAUUCAACCAAUCAAAUCACUGAGACUUACAGUUCCAAUUUGGUGGUUUGUGUUCUCUUUGUUAAUCUCUGCAGUUAAUGUUGAAGAUUUGGUGAAAAAUCACAGUCUUGAUACUAUAAACAUUGUAUCAUGGAUUGUGAGCUUGUCGCUACUUUUCUGCAGCAUUAGACUCAGUUUCAAAAACCGUUCAAAUGAAGAUAACGAAAGAUUGAGCUUGUAUCAAUCUCUGUUGGUUGACAAUGAAAAUAAAGUAUUACAGUUGAAAAUCUCUGGUGUUUUCAGCAGAUUGACAUUUUCUUGGCUUAAUCCUUUGCUUAAAGUUGGCAAAUUGAAACCAUUGAGUCUCACUGAUAUCCCAAGUUUGGAUUCUGAAGAUGGAGCACUAGUAGCUUAUCAGAAAUUUGCCAAAGAAUGGGAAUCUCAAAAGAAGAACAAACCAAGGAGCAAGAACUUGGUUUUCUUUGCAUUGGCAAAGUGUUACUUCAAUGAGAUGCUUUUAGUUGGAUUAUAUGCACUUCUGAAAACAAUCUCAGUGUCAUCUUCUCCAAUAUUAUUGUAUGCAUUUGUUAGUUAUUCAAACCGCGAAGAAGAUGAUCUUAGCUGGGGGCUGUCUUUAGUAGUGCUUUUGAUUGUAGCCAAGGUGGUUGAGUCUUUGUCUCAAAGCCAUUGGUUCUUUAAUUCAAGAAGAUGUGGGAUGAGAAUGAGGUCUGCUCUCAUGGCUGCUAUUUUUCAGAAACAAUUCAAGCUUUCGAGCUUAGGCCGAAGAAAUCAUUCGGCUGGAGAAAUAGUGAAUUAUAUCUCAGUCAAUGCAUAUCGGCUUGGAGAGUUUCCAUGGUGGUUUCACAUGGCAUGGAGUCUUCCAGUUCAGCUCUUUCUUUCGGUGAUCAUUCUUCUCAAAGCUGUUGGUUCUGGAGCCCUUCCAGGAUUGGUUCCAUUAGUCUUUUGUGCUGCAAUUAAUGUCCCAUUUGCAAAGAUUUUGCAAGGAUAUCAAUCAAAGUUCAUGGUGGCUCAGGAUGAAAGAUUGAGAACCACUUCUGCAGCAUUGAACAACAUGAAGAUCAUCAAAUUGCAGUCAUGGGAGGAGAAUUUCAGACAAGUUAUUGAGUCUCUCAGAGGAAUUGAAUUCAAAUGGUUGUCUAAAACACAGAACGAGAAGACUUAUAGUACUGCAUUGUAUUGGAUGGCUCCUACUGUUGUUUCUGCUGUGGUUUUUGCCGGUACAACAAUGAUGAGAAGUGCUCCUCUUAAUGCUGUCACUAUUUUUACAGUGUUAGCAAGUCUACGAGUAAUGUCCGAACCGGUAAGGUUGCUGCCGGAGGUGCUUUCGACGUUGAUACAAGUUAAAGUAUCGUUAGACCGUAUUGAAGUUUUCUUGCAGGAGGAUGAAGUGAAGGAAGAUGUUGUGAAGAGAAAUCCAUUGACGAAUUCUGAGUUGAGUGUGAAGAUUGAGAAUGGAGUGUUCAGUUGGGAUCCAGAUUCUUCCAUUCCUACAUUGAAGAAUGUGGAUGUUGAUUUCAGAAGAGGAAAUAAGAUCUCUGUUUGUGGAGCUGUUGGCUCUGGCAAGUCUUCACUUCUAUGUUCCAUACUUGGCGAAAUACCAAAACUCUCAGGAUCUGUUGAUGUAUAUGGCUCUGUCGCCUAUGUGGCUCAAGGUUCUUGGAUACAAAGUGGGACGAUACGCGAUAACGUUCUGUUUGGUAAGCCGAUGAACAAAGCAAAAUACGAAAUGGCGAUAAGAUGUUGUGCUCUUGAUAAGGAUAUUGAGAACUUUGAUCAUGGAGACAUGACUGAGAUUGGACAGAGAGGAUUGAACAUGAGUGGAGGACAGAAGCAAAGGGUUCAGCUUGCUAGAGCUGUUUACAAUGAUGCCGAUAUUUAUCUUCUCGAUGAUCCUUUUAGCGCUGUUGAUGCACAUACCGCUGCAAUUCUCUUCCAUGACUGUGUCAUGUCUGCUCUACAAGAUAAAACUGUAAUUCUAGUGACACAUCAAGUGGAAUUUCUAGCAGAAACAGAUAGAAUUCUGGUUAUGGAGAAUGGGCUUGUUGUGCAGUCAGGAAGCUAUUCGGAGAUUUUAAAGACAGGAACAGCAUUUGAACAACUUGUGCAUGCUCACAAGUCUGCAAUGACAGCAGUACACUCUGUUACAAAGCGAGCAAUCGAUGAUCAGUUUGCAUCUGAAGUAAAUCCACAAGUGAAGAAGAACAGUGAGACUGAAAUCACAGCCCCAUCGGCAAUCCAGCUGACUGAAGAUGAAGAGAAGGCGAUUGGAAAUUUUGGUUGGAAACCAUACAAAGAUUACUUGCAAGUGUCAAAGGGUUAUAUGCAUUUCAUUUUCGCUGUCUUAUCGCAAUGCGCUUUUAUUCUUUUCCAAAUCUUAUCAACAUACUGGUUAGCAGUGGCAGUUCAAUUGACUCAAAUUGGUGGAGGUGUAGUUGUAGGUGUUUAUGCAGCAGUCUCAAUUCUCAGCUGCUGCUUUGUUUGCGUGAGGAGUUGGAUUGCUGCAAAACUUGGAUUGAAAGCAUCCAAAGAGUUUUUUUCUGCAUUCAUGGACUCAGUUUUCAGGGCUCCAAUGCUUUUCUUUGAUUCAACUCCAGUUGGAAGGAUUUUAACCAGGGCAUCUUCGGAUAUGAGCAUCCUGGACUUUGACAUACCAUGCUGCUUGUCUUAUGUUAUUUCUGGUGCUAGUGAGAUUGUAGGAAUUAUAGUGAUAAUGUCAACUGUUACAUGGCAAGUGCUUCUUGUUGCCAUUCCGGUAACAAUUCUUACGUUGUAUGUGCAGAGAUAUUAUUUAGCGUCUGCAAGAGAGUUAGUGAGGAUCAAUGGGACUACAAAGGCACCUGUUGUGAAUUACGUCGGAGAGACAAUUCUCGGUGUGGUAACAAUACGAGCUUUCGCAAUGAUGGAUAGGUUUAUACAGGCAAAUCUUCGGCUCAUUGACACUGAUGCAACGCUCUUCUUUCACACAAUUGCCACCAUGGAAUGGGUGCUUAUCCGAGCCGAAGCACUUCAGAAUUUGACAAUACUUACUUCUGCUCUUUUCUUUAUCUUGCUUCCUUGUGGAAGCAUUCCUCCAGGAUUUGUUGGUUUAGCUCUUUCUUACGCGCUAACACUGUCUUCGGCUCAAGUGUUUACGACUCGUUGGUACUCUAAUUUGGAGAAUUAUAUAAUUUCAGUGGAAAGAAUCAAACAGUUCAUGCACUUAGAUUCAGAGCCUCCAGCAGUAAUCAGUGAUAGAAGGCCACCACCUUCAUGGCCUCAUGAAGGAAGUAUAGAUUUCCAAGAAUUGAAGGUAAAAUAUCGUCCGAAUGCGCCGUAUGUUUUGAAGGGAAUCACAUGCAGAAUUAUGGCAGGAAACAAGGUAGGAGUGGUGGGAAGAACAGGAAGUGGAAAGACAACACUGAUCGGAGCAUUGUUUCGGCUUUUAGAGCCAGCAGCAGGGAGAAUUCUGAUUGAUAGCCUUGAUAUUUGCUCAAUUGGUCUUAAGGAUCUCAGGAUGAAGCUCAGUAUAAUUCCUCAAGAACCAACUCUUUUCAAGGGUACUGUGAGAAGUAAUCUUGAUCCUCUUGGUCUUCAUUCUGAUCAAGAGAUUUGGGAGGCUUUAGAAAAGUGCCAAUUGAAGACAGUAAUUAGCAGUGAUCCCUCUAGGCUUGACUCUUCUGUGAGUGAUGAUGGAGAGAACUGGAGCGCAGGACAGCGCCAGCUCUUCUGUUUGGGAAGAGUUCUUCUAAGAAAGAACAAAAUCAUAGUCCUUGAUGAAGCUACAGCAUCAAUAGAUUCUGCAACUGAUGCAGUGCUGCAGAGAAUCAUCAGACAAGAGUUUUCAAGCUGCACUGUUGUCACAAUUGCUCACAGAGUCCCCACUGUUACUGACAGUGAUAUGGUCAUGCUUCUCUCUUAUGGAAAACUUGUUGAAUAUGAUAAGCCUUUAGAGUUGAUGGAAAGAAAAGAUUCAUAUUUUUCAAAGUUGGUGGCAGAGUAUUGGUCUAAUUGCAAGGGAGAGUCUCGUUGAGUGUUUAUGUGGAAAAUAAUAUAAAGCAUGAGGCAUGAAUGAUGAAGUUUCUGAACCAAUCUACUCAGAAGCUUGCUUGCUUGAAGAGUUGGUUGACAAGUCAACUUGCGAAUGAUUCAUGUAAAGCACAGUCGACCAGAUGAUAGAGUCAGCUACUGUGUAUCAGCUCAUUAAGGAUUGUAUGCUGAUUGGACUAUACCAAAUCCAGUAUUAGAAUCUGAUUGGACUCUACUUUCCUUUUAUGCCUUUUUUUAUCUUUUGAAAGCUUGUCAGCAUCCUUUAAAGCUAGCUCUGCUUCGUCUUUAUAUUCAGUUGUAAUGCUUUUGUUAAACUUACGUUGAAUACAUGAAGGUUAUGAAUU